ACCCGCCGGGCUUCUCCAUUUUGGGCGCAGGUGGAGACCAGGACAGAACCAGCGGAAGCUGCAGCUGCUGGCAGGCAGUGUGCCUCCCUCUUUCGGCGGGAGCCGCGGGCCCUCAUGGCGGGCUUGGAAGUGCUCUUCGCGUCAGCCGCGCCGGCUAUCACCUGCACGCAGGACGCGCUCGUCUGCUUCCUGCACUGGGAGGUGGUGACGCACGGCUACCAUGGCUUGGGCACCGGCGACCAGCCAGGCCCCAGUGAUAAGCAGUCAGAACUGCUGCCUGCUGGGUGGAACAGCAAUAAAGAGCUGUAUGUCCUCCGCUAUGAGUCCAAGGAUGGGUCCAGAAAACUCCUCAUGAAAGCUGUCACCAUGGAGAAUAGCAUGAUCAUCAACGUGCUGGAAUAUGGCUCCCAGCAAGUGGCAGACUUGACCCUGAACUUAGAUGAUUAUAUCAAUGCAGAAGACCUGGGUGACUUCCACAGGACCUACAAGAACAGUGAGGAACUUCGGUCUCGUAUCAUAUCUGGAAUCAUCACACCUAUCCAUCAGCAGUGGGACAAGCCUAGUGUAAGCAGUCCCCAUCGGGAGUUCCCGCCUGCCACUGCCAGAGAGGUGGACCCACUUCGAAUUCCCCCUCACCAUCCUCACACGAGCCGUCAGCCUCCCUGGUGUGAUCCCCUGGGCCCGUUUGCUGUCGGGGGAGAAGACCUAGACCCCUUUGGGUGUCGGAGAGGUGGCAUGAUUGUGGAUCCCUUGAGAUCUGGCUUCCCAAGAGCACUCAUUGACCCAUCUUCCGGCCUCCCAACCCGGCUGCCCCCCGGCGCUGUGCCCCCAGGAGCUCGAUUUGACCCCUUUGGACCCAUUGGAACCAGCCCAUCUGGACCUAACCCCGAUCAUCUCCCCCCGCCGGGCUACGAUGACAUGUACAUGUGAAGGCCUCAAGAAUGUAACAUCCCAGCCAUCCUUCCACUCUCCAGGAGCUGCCACCACUGACCCCAUCAGCAACUGUGUUCUUGUGGGCUUGGGGCAAGGGACUCUGCUCCUGUGUUUGCAGGCCAGCUGGGAUUGCCUCCCCACCCCUUGUCAGAGCCAAGGCACCUGCUGCAGCUCUCCACCUGGCUGCAUAUAGGUCCUAAGGGAGACUCCGGCAACAUACACCCUCCACCCAAUGCAGUCCCGGUCACAGUGCUAUAAGAACAGAACGCAUUUUGGAUGUUAUUAUUAAGAACCAAAUGUCAAUACAAAGUUCAUGUUGCCGGUCUUCCCCUUUCCUUUUCAUGUUAACACACAGCUCCUUCAAGUUGUGAGCCUUCAGAGUUGGAAUCUGUGCCUAUCCAGGGCUCAUUCUUCUCAAGCUCUCUCCCUUCAUAAAUUGCUGUUGCUCCUGACAUUAAUAAGAAAGGCCUAAGUCUGGCUUCAUGGGUGGAUAUAUGUCACUGGAGUGCCAUAGGGCCACACGGAUAAGUGUCACCAGGACAGGCACACUGUAGAAAGACCUCAUCAUUCUCACCAGGACAAUCCUCCAGUCGCUCCUGUUCUGGGAAUCCUACUGGGUCUAUCUGCCAGGGCAGCAACAGGCUAAUCUCAUUUUUGCCUGUAAUUAAGGACGUGGUGACCCUAAGGAAGUCCAUUCUUUAGGACCUUGUAGCCACCUGUGAAAUUGGAGGGACCUUUCCUGCUCUGAAACAUUCUGAUGUCUUUUUCUGUGAAGGACAUCAACCCUAGGAACUGGAGUGAAAGGAAGAGAGGAAAAGAGUUUUAUGUGUUUCUUGUCCCUCUUGGGACCCAGACAACACAAGAGCAUAGGUUCCAUCUAAGUGUGGUGUCAAACAUUGGGAGGAGCAGGGAACCCUGGCCUCUGGAAGCCUGUGUCUACUUCCACCUGACCUUUGGUGUUCUCCAGUUCCUUUGCAACUCAAGCUGACAUAUGUGGGCAGUGCUGAGCCCCUGUGCUGCAGUGGAAAGAGCUCCAGGCCAGGAAGCAUGAAGUUGAGGCACUAGGCACCUUCCCUCACAGCCAGCAUUUCAACCAUGUAUGGGCCCUUUCACUUCUCAGCUCCUUGGAGUCCUUCCCCUAAAUUAAGAUGCAUCAUUUUCCUAUAGGCAGCAGCAGGCUACUGUAGCUUUCCUGAGGUGUCUAAAGGCUUCUUCCUAUAGCCUAGGACUGCCAUAGCAGUCUGCUCAGCCCAAGAAUGGGCAGGGUAAACUGAACUGACAGGCCCAGGGCCAAUCUUGGGUGGAGGCUGGGCAGCAUGAGUAAGCCUGGGCUCCCUGGGUGUUUCUGGCACAUGCCAUGUCCCUGACAUGGCACUGACAAAGACCCUGGAGACAGGGAGCUGACUAUCUUGAAACCUUUAGAACAUCUGCUCUAGAGAAAGGCCCAGAUACUGGGCAGAGGUAGAGAUGUUAUCAUUACUCAUGACCUUCCUUGAGGAUUAGCAGAUGGGCGGAAUGUUUGCUUUGGAAUUAGACUAUACCUGCAACUAAAAAGACUUAGAGCCAUCAUAAAAAUGUCCUUUAUUAUCAAAGGAAGCAUUAAAAGAGCCAGCAGAUUACAGACUAUCAGAUGCAGGGAAGGUUGAUGAUAACUUUUAGGACCCCAAAUCUAGGAAAAGAUAAAAUGUAAGCAAUAAAUUUGCCACUUAGAUGUUCUGGCAGCAAAAAAUCAUAUAUAUGAUUCAUUUUCUGAAAACAAAAUUUAGUGAUUGAUGUGCAGAAUCAUCCAUUUCUCAUGUGGGGUCUCCUAUCAAGGAUACUGAGGAACAUGAUGUUAUAAGUGUUCUGUGGGGAGAGCAUGGGGCCUUCAGGAACUUCCUAGUCAGGCUGUUGUUUUAGUUUGGGCUGCUCCCCUCCUCCCAGCCAUGAGUAAUAAACCAGCAGCAUGGAGGUGUGUUUCAGGUUUGUUUCUUGUAAAAUCCCCAAAAUUGGAGCCUUAACAACAAAUAACAGCAGAAUAACCUGUUCCUCUCUUUAAAUAACAGCUUUAUUAAGAGAUAAUUCACAUACCCAUGAAGUUUACCCUUUUAAAGUAUUACAACUCAGUGGGUUGUAGUAUAUUCAGUGUUAGGCAUCCACUACAAUACCUAAUUCCUAGACAUUUUACCACCCCCAAAAAAAGCCCCAUACCCACUGGCAGUCACCUCCAUUUCUCCCCUCCCAGCUCAGGCUACCCCUAGUGUACUAUCUCUAAAGAUUUGCCUGUCCUGGACAGUUUUAAUAAUGAAAUCACUCAAUAUGAGGCCUUUUGUGUCUGGCUUCUUCGCCUAGCACAAUAUUAUUUGUCAA